AUGAAGCACGGUUCGAUGGUCGCUCUGGCGGCCAUGGCUGGCUCUGCCGCCGCUUUCAAGUACAACGACGCCUUGACUUUCUCCGUCAUGCAGUUCACCGGCACUGAAAUCCGCAAGGCACGCGAUGAUCCCAUUGUUAGCCCCGGCCAGACUGCCUCCCACAUUCACCAAAUCAUGGGUGGGAGCGGUUUCAGCAGGACAUCCACCGGCGCCGACCUCUUGAAGUCCGAGUGCACCAAUGCUAGGGUUGCCGGCGACAUGUCCAACUACUGGUUCCCUGCCAUGUUCUUCAAGGAUCCCAUAACUGGGGAGUUGGAGAGUGUGCCCAUCAGUUAUGUUAAUGUGUACUACCACAUGGACAAGACGACCGACACUAUCAAGGCCUUCCCUGCUGGCCUUUCUAUCCUCGUUGGUGAUCCUACCCGCCGCACCGCCCCCGAGGGUGGCUAUACCGCCAACUUAGACCCCAGUGUGGGCCCUGUCGGUAACGUCAGGUGGACUUGCCCUCGUUCCUCAUACGAGCCUCCAUCGUGGCCAUUGGAUUCGGAUGGGAUCAACGCUGGAAUGGGUGAGGGAAACAAUGGUAUUGGCUUCCCCUUCAAGGACUGCGAUGGCUAUGCCUCGCCUCUGCGGGGUGACAUCCACUUCCCCUCUUGUUACAAGCCCGAUGUUGGCUUGACCGACUACAAGAACAACAUGGCAUACCCUACCUCGGAUGGCAACGGUAACUUGAACUGCGCAAAGGGAGAAAUUCACGUGCCUCGCUUGCUUCUGGAGGUGUACUUCGAGACCUCAUCUAUUGUUCCGGGCAAGGGAUUCCAGGAUAGAUGGGAUCACUCCUCAGGAAAGGGCCCUCAGCCCUUCCUCCUGUCCAACGGAGAUACGACUGGCUAUGGCUGGCACGCUGACUUUAUGGCUGGCUGGGAUGAGGACGUGCUCCAGAACAUCAUCGACAACUGCGAUGUCAGACAUGAGGGUACCCACACCUGCCCCGGUGUCACCCCGAACACCGCCACUUGCACUAUCAAGACUCUGGUUGAUGAGGACGUCGACGGACCUUUCUCCAAGCUCCCCGGUAACAACCCCAUCACUGGGUACGGUGACAAGGUUGAGAACGGUGGUGGCAGCUCACCCUCUGCCUCUUCAUCUGCCUCUUCAGCCCCAUCAUCUUCUUCUUCAGCUUCCUCUGUGGCUCCUAGCUCAGCAGCCCCCUCUUCUGCGGCUCCUUCCUCUGCUCCUUCCUCUUCUUCGUCUUCUUCCCAGGACUUCCCUUACUACCCUACCAAUGUUGUUCAGAACGAUGCCAAGCCUGCAACCACAUUCGAGGUCGUCAAGUCUUCCUCCGCCGUUCAGGACCAGCCCAAGAUUGCCGCCGUUGAUGUUGUCGUACAGACUGUCUGGCACACUGUGACUGUGACCGCCGACCACAGUGCCGAGAGCUCUGAAGCGGCUCACGUCCGCCGGCACGUACACGGCCACCGUGGCAACCGCCAUCUAUAA